AUGGCUGGACAAAUUCCAUUCAGUAUCUUAGAACAAGUAUUAACAAAGCUGGGGUCGCUUGCUUUCCAAGAAGUUGGAUUGGUCUGUUGUGCCAGAGAUGAUCUAAAGAAGCUUGGAAAUUCUCUCUCCACUGUGAAAGCUGUACUUGUAGAUGCUGAGGAGAAGCAAGAGCAGAGCGAUGCUGUGAAAAUUUGGAUAGGGAGGCUUCAAGAUAUUGUGUAUGAAGCGGAGGAAUUGGUAGAUGAGAUGGCAACUCAUGACUUGAGGGGGAUGGUGCAAGGCCAAAGGAAAGUCGCAACACAGGUAUUGGACUUCUUUUGCUCCUCAAAUCAGAUUUGGUUUCGUCUCAAGGUGGGCCAUAGAAUUAAGGACAUUAGGGAGAAGUUAAAAGAGGUGGAAAAUGAAAUUUCUAGCCUCAAUUUAGAGAAGAAAAUAAUAAUAGAUGUGAGAGAUAAAAGUAGUGGAAGGGAGACAUCCUCUGUACUGAAACCUGAUAUAAUAGGCAGGGAAAAAGAUAAGGAGAAAAUGACUUUGUCAUUGUUGAAUCCAGCUAGUAGUCAAGGAAAUGUUUCUGUGAAUGCAAUUGUUGGUAUUGGGGGCUUAGGAAAGACUGCACUUGCCCAGUUGGUGUAUAAUGAUGAAAAGGUUAAAAAUUACUUUGAGAAGAAGAUGUGGCUGUGUGUUUCUGAGGAAUUUGAGGUGAAAUUGCUAGUUAAGAAGAUCCUUGAAUGUGCAACUAAUAAUGAGGUGCCUAAUUUAUUAGGACUAGAACAAUUGCGUAUUCGCCUUAAAGAGAAUUUAGAAGGGAAGAGGUAUUUGUUGGCGUUAGAUGAUGUAUGGAAUGAAGAUCAGAAAAAAUGGGAUGAUUUGAAAGCUUACUUGUUGAUGGGUGCCCCAGGGAGUAAAAUUUUAGUCACCACUCGUAGCACAAGAGUUGCAUUAGUCAUGGGUGUGGAUUCCCCAUAUGUUUUGCAAGGUCUAGCAGACAAUGAGGCUUGGGAUUUAUUUGAAAAAUUAGCAUUUGGAGAGGGGCAUGGUGCAGUGAUGAAUCCUAACCUAACAAAAAUUGGAAAAGAGAUGGUAAAGAAAUGUAAAGGAGUUCCACUUGCAAUAAGGAGUUUGGGAAGCCUCAUGCAUUUGAAAACUAAAGAGAGUGAGUGGUCUUCCAUUUUAGAAAGUGAAUUAUGGAGGUCAUUUCAAACAAGUGAGAAUAUUCUUUUUGUGCUGAAGUUGAGUUACUAUCACUUGCCCACUUAUUUAAGGCAAUGUUUCACUUAUUGUGCCAUGUUUCCCAAAGAUUACAAAUUCAAUAAAGAAACAUUGAUUCGUUUGUGGAUAGCGCAAGGAUACAUUGUCUGUUCAAGUAAGGAUGACGAUUUAGAGGAUAUUGGAGAUCAGUACUUCAAUGAAUUGUCAUCUCGAUCAUUCUUCCAUCAGUCAGAAAGUAUGAAUGGUUAUAAAAUGCAUGAUCUUAUCCAUGAUCUAGCACAAUCGAUAGCAAAGGAUAGGUACUUUGCAGUAGAGAAUGUUUGCGAAGGAAUCCAUCAUGUAUAUUGGCCAUCUUCUUUGAAUGAAAUUGAGAUGCUGGUUAAAGUGAAGGGCAUGAGGACAUUAUUUUUUGAAAGUUUUCCUGAAAGUGCAACAUUAAAAAGGGUUUCAAAUUUUCAAAGGUUACGUGCCUUGCAUUUAGGGUGGAAUAUAAAUGGAGUACCAAAUUCAAUAGCAAGAUUGAAGUAUUUGAGAUAUCUUGACAUUUCUUGGUGUAAGAUGGAUACGCUCCCAAAGUCCAUAACUAAUUUGCAAAACUUGCAAACUCUAAUACUCUCGUAUUGUGAAAGGCUUCGAGAAUUGCCGAGAGAUAUAGAAAAAUUGAUCAGCCUUAGGUGCCUCAUGAUUGGUGGAUGUCGAAAGCUAAGAUGCAUGCCAAUUGGAUUGGGGAAAUUAACUUGUUUGCGCCAACUGUCAGAUUUUGUGGUGGCAAGGGAUGAAGGCUCUAAGGGGGCUAUGCUAAAUGAAUUGAAUAGCCUAAACCAACUUAAGGGAAGGAUUGUCCUCUAUGACCUUAGAAAUGUGGAAAAUGUUGAGAUAGAGUCCAACCAAGUGAAUUUAAGGGAAAAGAAACUCCUCCGAAAAGCUUGA